CAAAAUCCAUUGCAUUAUUUCUUUCACUAAUCUCCAAGUUUUUCUUUAUUUUGACUGUCAUUUUGAAUUAUUUUUGGAGUUUUUGCAAUGGAAGCACCAAGAGUGAACGCUUCAAUGCUACCGCAGUAUUCUGGAAGGCUGGUUUGUCUUGUAGGAAACGUAACAGAGGUGAAGUGUAAAAAAUUAUUCUCUUGUUGAACACUCGUGUUGAAAUUUUGCAGCUCGAUCGAUUUUACAUUUAGACGUCAAUAACAUUUGUGUUUCAGUGAAUUUUGUAGUGAAUGCAAGGGUUUGAAAAGUGUUUACUAAACUUAAAACCUACGUGCGGCAUUUCGUUUAGUCGUCAAUCUAGCGCUUGUGCCGCCAGCGAUCUUCUUCUGUGUUCGAUGCUGAAGGAGAUUUUCACUUCGAAGUUUCUGCAGAUGUGGUGAAAAAAGCAGUUCAGGUGUAAAAUUAUCCACUAUCACUGUAUCAAGGUGAAUUGCAAACCCUAUCAUGCACAGAGAACAAUAACUCAUAGACGGAGGGGGAGGGGGGAAAAUUUGUCCCCCUUCCCACCCUUGUCUGUAAAACUUUGCAACUCUGCAGAGCUUUGUCUUGCUUAUGACAUGUCACUGUCAAACUUGGCAAAUUUAGUUACCGUAAGAUUCCGAAAAUAAAUCCCUCCAAAUAUAAGUCCCCCAAAAUCGUAAAGCAAAACCCUACGUUAAAUCACCCCUCCAAAUAUAAGCCCCCCGGGGGGCUUGUACGUGGAAUUUGCCCUCGAAUACAAAGUAAAACAAAGCAAAAAUGGUAAAUUUCCUUCCCACUACAAGGUAGCCCAAUCGAUUUUGAAAUGCAAAUUUCCAUCAGUACAUAGGCCUCCCCCAAAAUAAGCCCUUCAAAAAGGGCCUUUGAAAAAUAUAAGCCCCAGGGCUUAUUUUUGGAAUUUUACAGUAUUUUAAGUUACUUAUUCCAUGAACAUCAAGGGACGUUUGCAAACUGGCUCUUGACAGUAUUAAAUGGAAUGAAACAGAGGUCCAAAGGUUUUAAGACUCACAUUUGACAUGUCGGAAUUACCUUUGGAAAUGUUCUUAGUUGAGACACUUCACUCACAUGCGGGGGGGGGGGUGGGAGUAACUCCGGAUUUCAAGUGACAGAGAAGAUCAAGAGAUUUAUGAGAGGUCGAAUUUUCAAUUCCGGGACUUUUUUGGGUGAGAAAAUUUGGAAAGUACUUUUCUGGAUGACUUAAUUUGGCAGUAUUCAGAAGAAUCUGAAGAUUCAUGGUAGUGUCUAUGUAUCCCAGGUGCAUUUUUUUUUUCAGUAAAGUACAACCCAAUUUGUUAAGGUUUGGAAAUUCUGCACGGGAUUUUUGGGGUGUUUAGAUUUUUGCCUCUGUUUUAUCAUCCCCAUCUCUUGAACUCUGGAGUACCCCCCCCCUGGGUUCACGUGAUGAGUAUUAGAUUACAGGAUUGAGCUGAGAACACCUCUACUAAAAAUAACUUUUAAGGAUGGUUUGUAAACAAAGUCUUACUGAAGCCUCGGUUUAAUAAAUCAUUGGCUAUCCAGGUCUCUUUGCAAGUGGAUUAUUUUAUGGAGAUGAAUAAAUUGUGCUUCCCUAAUCUAUGCCAUAUGCUUUCAUGAAACUGUACAAAAUGAACAGUGUUUAGAUGAAGUGCGUGGCAAUAUGUUAAACACCGGUUAAACUCCCUUUUAAUAGUUUUUUUUCAUUCAGAGGCCCAAAUUAGCUCUUUUUCUCUCACCAUAACGCGCCCUUUAUUUAACAAGUAAAGAUGGGCCAUUUUAAAAGGAAAAAUAUCUAGAAGUUGAUGAGAAUUCUCUUGGGAUGUUACUCAAAAACACAUAUAUUUUUUAUCCACAGAUUAGUUCCAAUGGAGCUGAAUUGAAGAUCAUGACAAGCGAUCAGAAAAUUGUUAAAGUCAGCUUGGGGGAGCCUGUAGGUUUCAUGAUUUGAUGUGAAAACCGCAGCAGCCAGUUAGCGGAAGCUACAUAUCAAAGCUUUUUUCUCACUACUUACUUCUUACUCAUCACAACAUUUUAACAGCAUAGUUCACCAGUAUUGGCUGAUUAUUGUGUUGUCAUUGUUAUUGUUUUUACCUCUAAUAACUGUUUUUUUCUCACCUCUAAUAAUUGUUUUUUCCUUACAAUUACACAGCUUGAUGAACAGCUCCAUGGAGCUGUGGAGGUUAUUGGAAAAGUUGAGCGUGACUGUUCAUUAUCAAGUCAGAGAAUCAUUCCAUAUGAUCAAGAAUUUGGUGAGUGUUUCUCAUCGAACUUUUUUUUGCUUAAGAAGGGGUGUCUUGAAAACAAAGACCUCUAAGACCCCUACCAAAUGACUCUGAACACCAGUGGUUAGGGUUAAAAAACUGAGUGAAUCAAGUUCCAUUUAGAACAUUAUACUUAGCAGACUGACCUGAAAGUUGAUUCACUCAGUUUCCUAACCCUAAACAAUGAAGUUCAGAGUCAUUUGGUAGGGGGUCUUAAGGGUCUUAGGAGUCUUCGUUUUCAAGACACCCCUUAAGAAGUAGGUUCGUGCAAAAUUCUUGAUAAAUCAUAAUUUAUUCUAAGAGAAACAUAAUUUUGAUUAAAAAAAGUAAAAGCCAAAGGGACACAAGGUUAAAUUUGUUAAACUGGAACCACUUCUAAUUUGUUUGUCCUUUUGCACAUCCUCCCAAGUACAUGGACAUUUUGUCAUGACUUUCACCUUUCAUGGUCAUGGUGCAUUGUUUGCACUUGGAAAAGAUUCAAGGAAUGGAAUCCUUAAUAGUAACUCCAUUUAAAAUGAAUUUCCUUGAGACUGGAGGGAGGUGCAAGAUUGCAGAAAAUGAAUUCAGAGCUUUGAACACAAAUGUGCUGUUUUCUCAUUCUUUUGUUAUUUAAGAUAAUGCACGAGUAUGAGGUUUUUUUUUUUCUGCAAAUGUGGGAUCAGCACCAAGUGUUCAGGGAUCAGUUGCAUAAGUGUUAAUGCCGGAUUUAAAAGCUACCCUCUGACACUGAAACCCAUAAAACCCUUAAUAUUUUAUUAUCAGCCGAUAGCAGUUACGUCUGACUUUAGGUUACAAAAUACAUCCAACUCUAGCUUCAUUAAGAGCUGCCUGCCCUUUAGAGAGUCAAGAUGAGUUAAAUGCCUGGAUAUCAAUUCAACUUCUUAAAAAUGGAUUUCUUCCUGAAGAUGUUUCAUUACUUGCUGGCUACAAGUACUAAAUUGUUUGCCCGUUUUAUACCUGUGUUAAACAGUCUCCUAUUUGCUGCUAUUAAUUAAUGCUCUAGUUUUCUGUUACCAACUACUGCCUAGCUAAUUACUAUGAAUUGCUAAUUGCCAAUUAACUGAGUUAAGAUUAAAGCUAAACUCUCAGUGUUCUGAUGAAAUUAUUAUUAUUAUUAAUGGCUACUUCUUUGGCUCUUUUGUAGAUCUUAAUUUGUAUGGAGAGGCUUUAUCACUAGCAUCAAACUACCCCGACAUCUUUGGUUCAACACAUUCAAAUGGAUUUGGCUAUUAAUGUUACAGGGAAUUGCCCCCUAGCUAUGCAUUAUGCAAAAAAAUGUACAAAGACUCUAUCUAUCUGGAUACUCAGAGACUACCAAGCCAUAAGAAUACCCUACUUUGACUAGAAGAGGAACUGCUGAC